GAUACAGAGUAACAGUAAAUCACACGGACCUACAGUAUACCAGUGUUGAAAUUUGUAAUCCUAUUGCAUGUAUUUUUGGCUAGUGAAAGGAGCAAGUGAGAUCACUGCGAUCUCCCAUUUGGAUAGAGUUGAUUUGUUGGGUAAGGACAACAUCGGAUCUUUUUCAGGCACAGUUCAAAUAUAUUUGAAUAUAGAGCACCAUGGAAAUGUCCGAAAACAAGCCGAAUGAUGAUCCGAAGUUAUCUACGACUGACAGGAUGGUAAAAUCUGUCCCGUUCCCGCCUAGUCACCGACUCACAGCCAAGGAGGUGUUUGACAGCGAUGGGAAGCCCAAAGUGGACGUGCUCAAAGGCCACCUGACCAAGGAGGGCCGCGUAGAGGAGAGCGUGGCCCUCAGGCUCAUCGGAGAGGGAGCGGCCAUCUUGAGGGCUGAGAAGAACCUGCUGGACAUAGAGGCCCCCGUGACAGUUUGCGGAGACAUCCAUGGCCAGUUUUUUGACCUGAUGAAGCUGUUUGAAGUAGGAGGGUCACCAGCUAGCACACGAUACCUUUUCCUGGGCGACUACGUCGACAGAGGAUAUUUCAGUAUCGAAUGUGUGCUGUACUUGUGGGCCUUAAAGAUCCUAUACCCCAAAACACUCUUUUUGCUUCGUGGGAACCACGAAUGUAGACAUUUGACAGAGUAUUUCACAUUUAAGCAGGAAUGUAGAAUUAAGUAUUCGGAGCGGGUGUACGAUGCGUGUAUGGAUGCCUUCGACUGCCUUCCUCUGGCCGCCCUUAUGAACCAGCAGUUCCUGUGCGUACACGGAGGACUGUCCCCAGAAAUCACAAACCUUGACGACAUCAGGAAAGUACGUGUCCUCCCGAACCACGUUCCCUGCAUGACCAUGCAAUAUGCUUGAUAUUUGAGCUGCUACACUAUCAUUCAGAAUUAUCUCCUAUUUUACUGUUGAUAAAGUAUUACAUUCAUGGAUACAUUGGAUAUUGAUAUUGUACUGUUUCUAUGCUGUAUGAAUAUAUUGCAUGUAUGGUUUUAACGAGGUUUCAUUAAAAGCAUAAUGGGU